UGGACUUUGACUAGGCCGCAUCUCUGCAGCCUUCAGAACCACCGGCUCAUUUUUUCUGAUCCUGGAAACUUUUUAUUCCUGUUUUUAACAAGAAGAAAAACGUCAAAACUGGAACAAAGCAAAUCCAGUUUCUAUUAUGGGAUGUUGAUGGGAAAUGAUGACGUCAUAAAGCAGAAAGUUUCAUCCGACCAGAAACCUGAAGGUUAUCAUACCUGGACCCACCAGAACCCAAAUGGACCGGGUCUGCCGGGUCCGCUAGGUCUCUGCCCCCUUCACGCGCACAGCCAGGCGCGCUCCCGGCCGUGCCCGCGCCGGGCUGUGCGCGUACCCGUGCUGCAGGUAGUAACUCCGCCCCCUCCGUUCAGCACAAUACCCGCCGCUCCGGUCCGUCCUGUCCGGGUCCAGACUCUGCCUUCCCGCCCCGGGACGCCCCGCAUCCUGGCCGGGUGAAGGUCUCCCCCUCCGGCCGCAGAUCUGUGCCGACCCCAGACGCCUCCGCUGACCUUUGACCCCUGACCUGCCUUUCAAAGUGUCAGAUUUGGGAAAUAAAACCAUUCCCUGAAGUAAAUCUCCUGGAUUGUUUUUAUUUAAUGCCUUUGUGGUAAAACGACAGAAGAAAACUCUGAUAAAAGCUGAUUUUUGGGGGUUUGUCCGGGAGUUUUCCUCGCCUGCGUCCUCCGGUCCGAAAGAGAUGGAUCCCUGGACCAGAGAACCAGAAAGUUGAUCCGGGCCGGGCUGCAGCAGAAGGAGGAGCAUGUCCUGGAAGAGAAACUACUUUGCAUCGGGAGGCAGCGGAGGCACACAGGGAGUGGUGGCGGCGCACACCAUGGCGUCCAUCGCUCCCAGUAAGGGGCUGAGCAACGAGCCGGGUCAGAACAGCUGCUUCCUGAACAGCGCCCUGCAGGUUCUGUGGCACCUGGAUAUCUUCCGUAGGAGUUUCCGUCAGCUCUCCUCCCAUAAGUGUCUGGAGGAUUCCUGCAUCUUCUGCGCCCUGAAGAACAUCUUUGCCCAGUUCCAGUUCAGCAGUGAGAAGGUUCUGCCGUCCGACGCGCUGCGCAGCGCGCUGGCCAAGAGCUUCCAGGACCAGCAGCGCUUCCAGCUGGGCAUCAUGGACGACGCCGCCGAGUGCUUCGAGAACAUCCUGAUGAGGAUCCACUUCCACAUCUCAGACGAGACCAAGGAGGACGUCUGCACCGCCAGACACUGCAUCCCGCACCAGAAGUUCGCCAUGACGCUGUUCGAGCAGUGCGUGUGCAGCAGCUGUGGCGCCUCCUCCGACCCGCUGCCCUUCGUCCAGAUGGUCCACUACAUCUCCACCACCUCGCUGUGCAACCAGGCGGUGAAGAUGCUGGAGUCCAGAGAGAAACCAACGCCCAGCAUGUUUGGAGAGCUGCUCCGUAACGCCAGCAUGGGUGACCUGCGGACCUGCCCAAGCCGGUGCGGCCAGCAGCUCCGGAUCGCCCGGGUUCUGCUCAACAGCCCAGAGAUCGUCAGCAUCGGCCUGGUGUGGGACUCGGAGCACUCGGACCUGGCCGAGGACGUCAUCCACUCUCUGGGAACCCGCCUGCGACUCGGAGAUCUGUUCUACAGGGUGACGGAGGAGAAGGCCCGGCGGGCCGAGCUGUACCUGGUGGGCGUGGUCUGUUACUACGGCAAGCACUACUCCACCUUCUUCUUCCAGACCAAGAUCAGGAGGUGGAUGUACUUCGAUGAUGCUCAUGUGAAGGAGAUCGGGCCCCGGUGGAAGGACGUGGUGUCGCGCUGCAUUAAGGGCCGCUACCAGCCGCUGCUGCUGCUGUAUGCCGACCCGCGCGGGACGCCGGUAACCCUGCAGGACCUGCCGCCGCACCUCGACCUGCAGCACCUCCACCGGGCCGGCUACGACAGCGAGGACUCGGGCCGCGAGCCGUCCAUCUCCAGCGACACUCGAACCGACUCGUCCACAGAGAGCUACUGCGGCCGCCAGUCCUCCCAGUCCUCCCAGUCCCACCAUGAGGCCGUGGCGAGUCGCUGCUCGUCUGAUUCCCAGGGAACGCUGGCCUGCAUGGAGCAACCCGACAGAACCGACAGAACGCUGCAUGCCUCCCUCUGCAGCCUGGACGCCAUAGGCCGCGCGGCGGACGCUGAGCAGCCUCUGAGGAAAGGAGGCGGGGCCGCAGAAAGGAGGCGGAGCUCCAACCGGUCGCGGCGAAUCAAACCUGAACUCGAUCUGCCAUCGGCAGGUUACCACAGCGAUGGAGAAACCUUAAAGGAGAAGCAGGCUCCUCGGCACCUCCCCAAACCUUCAUCCUCCUCCUCAUCCUCAGCCGGUCGCCUCAGAGACUUUAAGGAGACGAUGACCAGCAUGAUCCGCCCGCCGUCCUCUGAGCUCCCCUCCUCCUCCUGCUCCAGCCAGCACCUCCCUGCUGCAGAUGCAGCUCUGAGCUCCUCCUCUGCUCCAGUCCAGGACUGGGAGGCCGACAGCACCAGCAGCGAGUCCAAGGCUGGCUCCUCAGGAGGAGCAGGGAGGUGGAGGGCGCGGAGGGAGACGCUUAACAUCGACACCAUCUUCAUGCGCGAGCGGCGGAGGCAGGCGGGAUACAGCCCGCUGGGAGGAGGAGCCUGUGAGCCCGAUGGGGCCCACACCGCCUCCUCAGGCCAGGAGGAGGCGCCGUCCAUCAGAGCGGCGUUCUCCCGGCAACUCCCUGCUCCUCCUGCUCCUCCUAGGUUCAUCCAGAGGAUGGAGAGCGGCUACGAGAGCAGCGAGAGGAACAGCGGCAGCCCCGUCAGCCUGGACCUCAGCCUGGGAGACAGGGAGAGUGGUGAGAAGAAGCCUUCCUCCUCCUCCUCCUCCUCCUCCUCCUCUGGACCCUCAUGGAGGAACAGCGGCGCUCUGCUGCAGGACCUCCACUCCUCCAGCAGGGGGAGCCUCGCGCCCCCCGCAGGCCGCAGCGAGCUGGACGAGCUGCAGGAGGAGGUGCUGAGGAGAGCCAGGGAGGAGGAGCGGCAGCGGCGGCAGGAGAAGGAGAGGGAGGAGGCGCUGGGCUUCAACCCCAGACCCAGCAAGUACCUGGACCUGGACCAGCUGCAGAUCCAAGGUAAAGGCGACAGCUUUGACAGGUGUGUGAUGGAGGCGGAGCUCCUGCUGGACCAGACGUUGCGCUUGGAGCAGGCGGGCGACGUUGCAGCGGCGCUGUCUGCAGUCAAUGAAGCCGUUUCCAAGCUGCGGCCGGCGGCGGCUGAGGGCGGAGCCGGUAGCCACAGCCGGCUGCAGCGCUGCAUGAGGAGAUGCCGCAGCCUGCAGCAGCGCAUGCAGCAGCUGCAGCUGCAGCAGUCAGAGGCAGUAAGACAGGAACCAGAGCAGCAGGAGGAGCAGCAGACGCUGGAACAGCCCAGAUCAAAGCCUCUCCCGCUCCCAGUUCUUCUGACAGACAAGCAGGGGCACCAAUCAGCUGCCGGACGGGACCACCAGGCUCCUCCCCCUUCCACCUGCCUUGUUAAGCCCCUCCCUCCUGCAUCAAGUUUGCCCUCUGACCCCGCCUCCAGCAGGAGCCCCUGCUCUGGCUUUGGGAAACCCCUCGGUAGCGCCAGGUCCCUCCCUGCUCUCGCUGUGGAAACAUACCUGGACAACGUGACCCCGCCCCUUCCGCCGGAAGAGGUGUGGCCAGAGCCGUCACAAGCCCCGCCCCCUCACUGGCCAUGUUCCCAAACUCCAUCACCUGCUGUAGCUAACAACAGGUGUCAUGAGAUGAUGGAGGAUUCGGGUUACUGCAGAAACAAACAGGCCACGCCCCCAAGCAUAGCCCCGCCCCCUCCCUCCUGUCCAACCAGGAAGUGGUCUUGUUUAAUCCCGGAUCAGCUGGAUGUUUUGGAUUCUCCCGCAGGCUCCACCCCCUCCGCCCCACCUGUGGGCCGGCCAAUCAGGAGCUGCUCCCCACCAGCCAAUCAGGUUCUCAGAGCCGCCCUGCCUGUGCAACGCUGGGCCGAAAACGUCAACAGAUACUACAACUCCCAGCAUGCAGCAGCAGAGGGGGAGGAGUUAUCGGAGCUGGAGACACUGUACCAGGCCAGCCUGCAGGCUCCCAGCAUGCCGCGGGGCAGCCAUGGCGUCAGCCCGCAGCCAGGGGGCAGCAGAGCCGCGGCGAGGAGAACGCCGUCCGGAACCAGACGCUCCAAAACGCCAACGGCUGAAAUCGAGAGAAACGCCUACAGGAGACCGGUCUCACCUGGGGAGCAGCCCCCUGCAGGCGAAGACAAGAACUACAGCGCAGAGAACCUGCGACGCCUCACUAGAAGUCUGAGCGGAACCGUCAUCGGGUCGAGACCACAGAACCUUCCGCAGAACCUCCAGUGCAGCCUUGACCCCUCUGUGUCCAGGCCCCCCCUCAGACACUCAGACCUUCACUGCUCCUCCUCCUCCCACCGACUCCACGGCCCUCCGGCUCCACGGCCCCCCCCCUCCUGGGGACGCUCAGGUUCUCCUUGGCACCAGGUUCUGGUUCCGUCUGACAGCGGUCCGACUCCCUCGGCUCUCCACGGCGUCGCCAUGAGUUACGCCACUCUUCCUCGCCGCGCCCCGCCCCCUUUCUCUUCCUCUUCCUCCCUCCCUAGGCCCAGACCCGGUUCUGCUGGUUCCGGUCCACAGAGUCUCUACGGCGCCCCGCUGGCCCUCCACCGCCAUCGUCAGGCGUCACUUCCUGUAGUUGCUCCACGGCGCCCCCGUGUGUCAGGAGACGUUCCUGCUCAGCCUCUGCGCCUCGACGUUCCCCCGGAGACAGACUGGCGGCGCCAUGUGGACCCGCGGGCCGCCCGGCGCCAGCAGCUGCCUGGCCGACCCGGCCGGCCUUUGUGGCCCGGUACCGUUCAGGGAGACGUAGGCAGGUUCAUGCAGGUCAGAGGUCACGACCAGAACCAGAACCCGAGAGGAGACAGAAGAAGCUGAGCAGAUCCAGAACUUUCCUGAAGAACCAGAACAGAGCUGGAUCAGAACCAUACCCGGGUCUCUUCCAGAACCAGCAAGCGAAGAAAAGACUUCCUGUGAACCUGGAUGUGGUUCUGCAGGUUCUGGUUCUGUUGGCCUGCAGAGCUCAUCGGGUUUCCUCUGGGAUCUUCAUCCUGAUGUUUCCUGUUUCCUCUGUGUUCUGAUUGGUUCUGCUCUGAUGUCACUUCCUCUGUUCAACAUCCAGUUUCCUUCCUGCUGGUUUCCCGUUUUCCCAGGAGGAGCUCCGACGUUCUGCUCUCUUUAGGUGAUGGAGGAACUCAGACUGCUGACUCCACCCGGCUGGCGCUCCAGGUGGCAGAAACAAACCAACCAGCUUCAGAAACGUUCCAGGAAGUUCUGCUUGUUUUUCUCCAUCAAACGGAGACGAUUAAAAAGCUUCAAGGAAACGAAGCAAAUCUCAUCAUUCAACCUCAUGUUUGGUCACAAGUUCUGGUUCGGUUGAUCCAGAAGGUUCUGGAUGAGUCCAGGUUUCAGUUUCAGGUAGAAUAUCCGAAUGAAAGAAAAACAAAUAAAGAUUUUUCACUUUUGACCUUCAA